AGCUAGAAAUAUGUUACACAUAAGCUCAAAACACAAGCUAACGCGAAAAACAUCUGCUUUUGUUGUUUUACAAAAGUCAUUUCUCGUGCAGAUCUGAGUCAUAUGAAUUCAACUUUUGAACAAUCGGUAGAAGAUGUACUAGAAAGAUGGAAACAGAAAUAUUUAAUUAAAAAGCAAUACUUUGAAGCUGUAUUUGUUUUAGGUCCUAUGGGCUCUGGAAAAACCACUAUUAUUAAAAGAGAUUUUAAAAAAUAUGAACAAUAUCAACAUUUUAGCUAUGUUGAUACAGAUGAAAUAAUGGAAUUGAUUGAUGGGUUUCAACCUGACAAAGUUGAUACUUUUUAUCCAACUGCAAGAAUCAUAUCAAUAAAGCUUACAGAUUGGUUGCUUGACGAAAACAUAAGUUUUGUAACCGAAGGGACAUGUGUUAAGCAUAAAGAACUUGAAGAAUAUAUGAUUCGCUUAAAAGAAAAAGGAUAUAAAAUAAAAGUUCGGAGGGUUCCAAGUGUUCCUUUAGACUUAGUGCUUCAAAGGGUCAAGAACAGAAAAAGUCGCUAUAUUGCAGAAGACGUCAUAAAAGACAUUUACUUUAACUCUGAAAUUGGCAUAAAUAAACUGUUUCAUAGCAACAAAGAAAAAAACAUAUUUGAAGAAUUGUAGUUCUAUUGGUAUUAAAUUACAGCGAUAACAUUUUUGCAUUGAAAUUAGUUAUUGUAUGAUCAAUUUUUGUGUAUUUUAUUUUCAUUGCUUUAAAAAAUAGUUUUUCACUUUUCAUAA